AUGCAUUUCUUCCCAACAGCUGACUCAACGCUCCUCUCCUCCACCGUCGACUACCACAGCCUCCCUCCUCGCCCCAAGGCCGUUGGUCCCAUUUUCGAUGCAAACAACUUCAAAACCCCCGUAGAUCCUUGGGAUUCCGACGAUCAAACCAACCUAUAUCCUCCCAAAGACGACCCAUUCGACCCAUCCGCCAUACCCGCCGAGCCAUCAUGUCCCUCCUCACGAUACCCACGAUCACGAUUGGCCAAGAAUGAGCGAUUGAGAUUGUCCAUGUUAUGGUACUACACAAGAGAUCUCGACGAACAUCCUGAACUCCUCGCCGGUCUGCAGGAGAAGGCCUGUCUUGCGCAGGAAAACUCUGGCUGGGAAUAUGCUGUCGUGGGGCUCCUCGACAUCAAUGUCUACAUUCGCUUAGCAACCGUCGGCCUUCAGCUCGCCAUUCUUCCUCGAGGAGAGACUCUCUGUGCACAUACGGUGACACAACCUCCAGGCAAUGUCUUUCUCCUUCCCAACAUGCUCGAGGAUUGGAGAUAUCGCGAAUCACCCUAUGUCGAACACGGCGGUCUUAUAGCGUAUGCGGGCGUCCCACUUCGAAUCCAACACGAAUCCGGCGAGUCGGUAGGCCUCGGGUCGCUUUGUGUCGCAUCGGCUACGAGCAAACCACCCUUGACGAAACACCAACAACUCGCCCUCGCCCGUCUUGGCGAUUGGAUUGUUGCCGACAUAGUACAAUGCGCACGAGCACGACGCCAGCGAGAACGACACCGACUUACAGAUCUCAUUACGACACUGCUUCGAGAACCCGAAGGCGACGACGUCCAAGAGCCGAUCCUGCACAUACUUCGACAAGCAUACCCCGAUGAGUCCGUUACCCUACAAUUCACCGGCACCGAUUCGUACGACACGACCGUUCCCUAUGCCGCAUCAGAUCCGAAGCAUGGAUUAUGGGAGGACGACGAAUACAUCGAUAACUUUAUCUUGACAUCGAAUUGCAAUGACCCGCCUACAGACAGGGUUGUGCGCUUUAUCUCUGCACAAUGCGAGUCCAAACUUGGUCCAUCCGUUCUAGUCGUUGCAACUAAAGAUUUUCGACGAAUAUUUGACGAUGUAGACUCUGGAUUCGUGCAGGCGUGCGCUACCAUGCUCACACAACGAUGGCAGAAGCGCCUCCUGUCUGAAGUCAUGCGAGCCAAAGAAAAGUUCCUCCGCGGUGUGUCCCACCAGCUUCGAACGCCCAUUCACGGCAUUCUCGGCGCCGCCGAACUUCUCACCGAGCAUCUCAAGGCGUUAACAAUAACUGGAUGUUCAAAACUGCCACCACCGGGUGUUGAGGAAUUGAUACAGCCACUUGCCGAGCUGGGCAAGUCGUCUGUCUAUCUGGAUACAAUCUCGACUGCAGGCCGCGAACUCAUGUCGACUGUCAACAGCAUGAUUACGCUCAAUCGAUGGGCCGACAUCGCCUCCGCCGAGCGUCAAUAUGCCACGCACAGCAUUCAAGAGCUCGAGGACAUACUCGUCAAGGGUUCGUCGGAUAUCACCCUUCGAGACACGAGCAAGCGAGCGCCCAUCUUCUUCCACCACGAUUUGCCUCCCUGUUGCCAAAGCCUGCGCAUCGAUGUUGAGCUCUUUCGCGAUAGUGUCCUACCUCUUAUUGUCAACGCCAUACAAAACACAUUUGAAGGCAUAAUCACAGUCACAUUAUCCUACAUACAAGAUACUAAGACGCUUGUGGUUGAUGUGCAAGACACGGGAUGCGGCAUAGCUGCAAAUGACCAGGGUCGCAUCUUCCAGCUGUACGAAAAGGUGGGCGAGCACUCGACAGGUCCUGGCUUGGGCUUGACACUGGCUUCCAAGUUCUCGGCUUUGCUUCACGGUUCGGUUGAGCUGGUCUCGUCAGAGGUUCAUCGCGGGUCCCAUUUCCGGGGUACGUUUGGUGAUAUCCGUUCCAUACCGUCAUCAACGCCGUUCCUCCCGAUCGCCUCUCAACUCAAACGUCUACCUUUGAGUUUCCAUCACUUGACGUCAGACUCCCCCGAAAUACACCUAAAUUCGCAUCUCUCCAAGUACCUUACCUGUAACGGCUUCGUUCAGUCUGAUGACUCUGCAGAUUGUCUAAUUGUUAUGGACUACAUUCGUGAUCCAGAUCAGCGGCAAAAGUAUCACGCGACAUUGCCGAAAGGCCAAGUCGCGAUUUGCCCCGUUCCAGAUAUGGAAGAUAUAGAGAAUUCUCCAUCAACGUCAAAUAUUGUGUUUGUGAGAGGGCCGUUUUGCACCUCGUCACUCGAUGCUGGCCUUCGAGAAGCCGACGAACUAUGCGCAAUGGCGCCCAGGACAAUAACAACUCCUCUGCCCUUAGCGUCGCCUUCUCUUACAAGGGACGGUCGGGGAAUUCUACCCUAUCGACCUUCACCAAGCGGCCAUAACUCUACAGACGAAGGCUAUGGCUCCAAUACCACCCCCUCCAACAAUGGUUCGCCAAUUCCACAAGCUAGAACUGAAGAGUCACUCUCCACCUCUAAUGAGUCCGCCCCAGCAGUUCCCGCGGCUAGCAAGACGCCCCCUCCUGACGUCCCCGUCCGCACCCUCCCAAACACAUACAAGCCCAUGACACUGCUUGUCGAUGACAACGCUGUCAACCUCCGCAUUUUAGAAAUGUACUGUAAAAAGCGCGGUCUGCCUUACCGCAGCGCCAUAGACGGACAGCAAGCGGUCAACCUGUUUCAUCAACAACAAUCUCCCACUUCAUCAGACCCUCCCUUCGACCUCAUCCUGAUGGACCUUCAAAUGCCUGUCUGUGAUGGUAUUAGCGCUACUACACAAAUCCGCUCGCUGGAGAAGACGGGCGACAAGACCUCGGUGCUGUUCAUUAUCACUGGGCAGGAUAGCCAAAAGGACCGCGAGGCGGCGAGUGCGGCGGGGGCGGAUAACUAUCUUGUGAAGCCAGUUGGAAUCAAGAUGUUGGACGGGAGUCUUAAGAGGUACUUUCCCGACUUGAAGAUAUAAAAUGGACUGGCUCGGCAGGGACACGGAUCGGGAGUUUUGGGUAUGAGCCCAGUAUGUACGUUUAUGGAGGCGUUCUGAUGGCAAUAAUGAUAUGGCGUCUCGAACAUAGUUUGAACGGG